UUCUCCCUCUCUCCUCUAAACCUUUCGUCUCCUGCUUCUUCUUCUUCUGCUCCUCCUCCUCCGCCUUCGUUCGGUGAUUGAAUUCUGAGUGCAAAACCGCAAGAAUGGCGACCCCUGCCAAGAGAUCCCAAGCCCCGAGACGCCAAACCUCGGAAAUACCGAAGCUUUCCGAGAACCUUGAUCCCAAUCUUCUUUCCACUCCUUGCCGACGAUCGACGAAAUCUCCUGCAACCAAUUCGGCGAGGCCGAAGAAAUCGGCAUCCAAAAUCCCGGCUCGGAUUCCGUCAUCAUCGCCUUCCCCUGCCAAAGACAACAGCUUGGUUGCUCCCAAGAGGAGUUCCGUAACUCCGCUCAAGAGCUUGGACCCCGAGAAGUGUCAUCAAGAGGUGGCUCGUCUCAAGGAGAAUACGAGUAAAAGCGAACCAUUGGCGGUGGAAGAUAUGGAGGUUACAGAUUCGAGAGCGAGGGCGAUGAAGCAAUUGCUGCUGGAGGAGGCCAUGAGCGGUCUACCGGAGUCGGGGGCCGGGAGGGUGACGUACUUGGUGAAUGCUUUUGAGAGACUUCUUUCCAUCUCAAAGGAGCCAAAGGGUGAAGAUGGAGGAGAAGUCAAAAGAAAGGUGCUGAAUUGGGCCUUGCCUGGCUUGCAUCAGCCACCGAAGGCUAAGGUAAGCGAAAAUUCUUGCUCGCCUGUCUUGUGUUCGACAGAUUUCCCACAUAUAGAGGACUCCGAAGGAGAUUCUGCCGAGCAUUCUUCGGUGAACAAGAAGGACAAAAGAUUGAGCAAUGGGAUCAAUGGAUCGGACGAAGGGCGAAGAAAUAGACGAAAUAGCACUGGUUUCUCAGGAAGAAGCAGGAUCAAGAAGUUCAAAGUGAAAAGCCUGCAACCCUUCAAGUUAAGGACUGAGCAAAGAGGAAGGUUCAAGGAAGAGCAAUUCAUCAAGAAAGUGAACGAAAUGCUUUUGGAGGAGGAGAGGAAACGAACACCAAUUGCAAAAGGUCUUCCCUGGACUACAGAUGAACCUGAGAUUCUGAUAAAGCCUCCCAUAAAGGAGCCAACAGAACCAAUCGAACUUAUUCUUCACAGCGAUGUACGUGCUGUAGAACGUUCUGAGUUUGAUCUUCAUGUUGCCGAGCGUAUGAGCUUUGUUGAGCAAAUAAAACUGGAUAGAGAAAGGCAGCAAAAGCUGGAAGAAGAAGAGGAAAUAAGAAGACUCCGAAAAGAGCUUGUGCCGAAAGCUCAGCCCAUGCCUUACUUUGAUCGUCCCUUCAUCCCGAGAAAAUCAGCAAAACCCCAGACAGUUCCAAAGGAGCCAAGGUUUCAUAUUCACCACCUGAAGGAACCAUAAGCGUGUGCUGCUUAUGUUCCUCUGAA